UUCUCGAAUCUUUGAUAUUUCAGCUCAAACAUCUCUCUCUCUAGAACCCAACAAUUCUGUCACACAAUCACCAGCAAAACCACACGAUCACCGGAAAAAUGCCGUUUUGCGAAGUGGGCAGGCAUCAGAAAUCCGACGGCGCGGCAGCAAGCACCGCCACCGGAAUCCAAAUUUUCUACAGAACAUACGGCAAAGGACCAAUUAAAGUCCUCAUGAUCAUAGGAUUAGCUGGGACCCACGAUUCCUGGGGCCCGCAGAUUAAUGCCCUGACCGGGACAGUGAGGCCGAACGACGACGAGUCGUCGGUGAAAGAUCCCAGCGGCGGCGAGGAGGCGACGGGCGUGGAGGUGUGCGCUUUUGACAACCGUGGAGUGGGAAGGAGCUCCGUUCCCACCAAAAAGUCAGAGUAUACGACGAGUAUUAUGGCAAAAGAUGCGAUAGCUAUAAUGGAUCAUUUGGGAUGGCAAAAAGCUCAUGUGUUUGGCCACUCAAUGGGUGCUAUGAUUUCUUGUAAGCUUGCUGCAAUGGUACCUGAGCGAAUUUCAUCUUUGGCGUUGUUGAAUGUAACUGGUGGAGGUUAUGAAUGCUUACCAAAGUUUGACCGUCAAACUCUGUCAAUUGCUCUGCGUUUUCUGAGGGCAAAAACUCCUGAACAGAGAGCAGCCGUUGAUUUAGAUACCCACUACUCACAGGAAUAUCUUGCAGAGUACAUUGGACUAAAAACUAGAAGAGCAAUUUUAUACCAAGAAUACGUAAAAGGCAUAUCAUCAACAGGUAUGCAGUCGAAGUACGGAUUUGACGGUCAGAUUAACGCGUGUUGGACCCAUAAAAUGUCGAGAAAAGAGAUAGAAUCCAUCCGUAUGGCUGGAUUUCCUAUAUCAGUAAUUCAUGGCAGACACGACAUUAUUGCUCAGCUCUGCCAUGCAAAACGACUUGCAGAGAGAUUAUAUCCAUCCGCAAGAAUGGUUGAACUUAAUGGUGGGCAUCUAGUAAGCCAUGAGAGGACCGAGGAGGUAAAUAAAGCUCUACUAGAGUUGAUCAACGCAUCACAAAGUAGGAUAAAUCUGUACGAAUGGACAAAUUUGUCCGCUAAAAACAGUGUUGGCAAGGCAUCUCAGUUAACGGCAUGGAGAGCAGCCAGUUCGUCUUUCAUUCUUGGGAGCGUAGAGAAGCUACAGAUCUUCAUUUUAUACUUUUUUGGCCUCUUUGGACUGGCCUUUCAGUACUUACGAAGAGGCGUGAUGAGGCUUAAGCCCGUCAAAGUAGAAGCAGCUCUUACUAACUAACACUUUCCCCUGCUGGGAUUCGAUGUUUCUUCAUUUACUAUCACUUACACAGCGUCGCCAGUCUGGGCAUGGACGAGCUAUAGAGAACACGAAGAUUAUCACUACAGUUUUAUGCUACAGCGCUAAUGAGACAGUCUAAGGCGGGUGCAACGAGAAGCGAGGCAAGACCCGUGUAGCUGAACCCAGAAUAAAGAUCAAGUGCAAUAUAUCUACACAAUAUUCUGUUUAUUCAAACACACACAACACCUUCCUUCCUUCCCUUUUGGGCUGUACACAUACAGUGUAAAUUAUGAUACCACAAUAUAUUGAGCAAUGAAAUGUGAUUAUACAUAUAAA